UCAGGACUGCGGCGGCGCGGACAGCAGCGCAGCGGCGGGGACCACAGCGGCCCAGGUCGGUCUUCGCAGCCGGCUUUGGCGAAGAUGCCAGAACAGAGCAAUGACUACCGCGUGGUGGUGUUCGGGGCCGGCGGCGUGGGCAAGAGCUCGCUGGUGCUCCGGUUCGUGAAGGGGACGUUCCGGGACACGUACAUCCCGACCAUCGAGGACACGUACCGGCAGGUGAUCAGCUGCGACAAGAGCGUGUGCACACUGCAGAUCACGGACACGACCGGCAGCCACCAGUUCCCGGCCAUGCAGCGCCUCUCCAUCUCCAAGGGCCACGCCUUCAUCCUGGUGUUCUCGGUGACCAGCAAGCAGUCGCUGGACGAGCUGAGCCCCAUCUACAAGCUCAUCGUGCAGAUCAAGGGCAGCGUGGAGGACAUCCCCAUCAUGCUCGUGGGGAACAAGUGCGACGAGACGCAGCGCGAGGUGCACACGCGCGAGGCGCAGGCCGUGGCGCAGGAGUGGAAGUGCGCCUUCAUGGAGACCUCGGCCAAGAUGAACUACAACGUCAAGGAGCUGUUCCAGGAGCUGCUGACGCUCGAGACGCGCCGCAGCGUCAGCCUCAGCGUGGACGGCAAGCGCUCCAGCAAGCAGAAGAGGGCCGACCGCAUCAAGGGCAAGUGCGCGCUCAUGUGAGCCCUCCAGAGCCGGCCAGGGCCCGGGGCCCCUGCUCCCCGCCGUCCUCCCUCCCCUCCGCCCUCCUCUCGCGGCUCCUCUCCCCCUCCUCCCUCCCCUCCCUUCUCCGCUGUUCCUUCCCGCCUCCUGCUCCUCUCUUCCCUCCCCCUUCCUUUCUUCCUUCCUCCUCUCCUUCCUCUUGCCCCUCCCUCCCUCCUCCUCCCAGCCCACCAGCCCUCCACACCUCCGUAGCUUUCAUCCCCUGCUCACCCCUUCCUCUCCAUCUCUCUGUCCUUGCCCCUCCUAUCUGUGCUCCCCAACCACACACUGGAGAGCGUCCCCUGUGGAUCUGAAAGCAGGGAGCCCGAGGACCUGCUUGCCCCAGCCAGAAUCAGGGAGGCCGCCUGGCCUCUUCAUCCAUGUCCCUUUCCGGGGUGUUCCCGCCCAGGCCCACGUCCCCACAUUCUCUAUCACUGUGCCCUCCUGGGGAGUGCCAUUGACCUCAUCUGCCUCUACUCGCAUCUUGUUUCUUUCACCCAGUCCUGUCCCUCCCCGUGGCCUCUGGCCUGCGCCUUCUCUGGGUCCGGAACACCCCUGUCCUCUCCCGACCGCACACCAGGGUGGAUGGGCCUAAGAACCAGGCAAUAAGCACAGGGCUCACAGCAGAGCCCUGCUAGCCCUGAGCGCCACCUCUGGAUCGGCAGGCGCCCAUAGCACAAGCCCGGACUGUCCAGCCAGGACUGUCCUUCAGGGAGGCUCGUGGGGACCCUGAGCCCAGAGCGUGGGGCGGCUGCCUGGACACUGCCCACCUGGACACCGGCCUUCUGCCGAGACAGAGACAGCGGGCACAGCAGGGCCUUGACGGCGACCCUGAUAGGGGUCUGGGGUGCUGAAGAUGGGGUCGAAGCUGAGGGGGCGUCAGCGAGGGGCUGCCCCAGGGCUCUGACCCAGCCGAGCCCCUCUGCUGGUCACGCGCACCCCAGAGACUGUCCCCCGCGUGUGCCCCGAGUCACGGAGCCUCAGCGGUGUCUGGGAGGCCCGAGUGGCUCCUGGGCCUGUGUCCCUCCCGCCCACAUGAGGGUGACUGUAAACUCCCGUGUUUGCGCGACUUCGAGUGUGCGGAUGGGUGUGCGUCUGUCUUGGGAUGGGGUGUUCUGCAGCGUUCUGUGUCCUUAGUGAGACCGCAGUGUGGGUGGUGGUGCAGAGUGGCCUGUGUGUGGCUGGGAGGGGCACCUAGACAUUGUGGUUUGUCUGUGUGGAUCUGUGUUUUCAGGAGUGGCUGGCACAUUUACCUGUCACCCUGUCUGUCCGGCCUGUCUGAGGAGCACCGGGUCCUGCUCCGGGCUGUGAGAGCUGGCCUGUGCCUCCGAGUGUAUCAGUUGGCUCCUGCGACAGGGACGCCAGCACCGAGGCUCCGGCCCACGUGUUCAUUACCUCCUGGGGGCCACAGCCCAGGCUGGGGCCAGCGGGGGCCUCCGUGGCGUGGGCGUGUGUGAGAGGGGCAGACACCCGCUGGAGAAGCAACAGGGACGGAGGCAGAAGGACGGCUGCGGCCAGGUGGCGGAGGAGGCCAGACCUCAGCGUGGCCCUCUGUGUGCCGGGCACAGAGAAAGCCAGCGCCUGAAGCCUGAGUCUAAGCGUAGCUGAGCCCCGACCCCCAGCCAGUCCAGGACCCCACAGCUGCCACCUGCUCCCAAGCCCCGGGAGCAGCUCCUGGCUGGGCAGGGGGUCACAGCCCUUUCUCAGGGACACACCCUGACAGCACAAUCCAUGCCUCACCCGGCCAGCCGUGCCCUUCCUGGGAAACCCGGGCUGGCUGGCGGGGAGGCUGGAGCCCACCUUGGCUGCUGGCCAACCUGCCCAGGCAUCCCUGGUGCUGGGGAACCCGCCAGGCCUCGCUUGCUGUGACCCACCCCUCCCCCCCGCAUGUGGGAGCCCCGCCCACGCGGGGUCUGUGUACGUUCGCUGUAGACCUUGUCUUCCUGCAAUAAACACGUGGAUCCUGC